CCAGUUUGGGUCUUUGUUCUUGAAAGCUAGUCUGUAUUCCUGUGUGCUCUGACCCUGACCGGCAAAGCGACAUAAAUUAAAGCGCGUCAAUUCCCAAAGAGCAUAUUCUGCCGGCGCUACAGUAUGUUGGCUUAAAAUAUUUGCUUUUAGUAAUUAACGGUUGGAUACAAUACAUUUACAAGUAUCUGAAUAUAAGUUUAUUUUACAGCAGAGGCACUGUGUUCAGAAGAUUAUUUUAACUGACCGGCCUGUGCGAUGGCUGCAGCGCUGAGGACCGUGCAGUGAUGCUGUACUAAACACGCUGUACCUGCUAAAGGAGUUGCUAUUCUUAACUGCAUACUAGGUUCACAUUCCUCAUUUUCGUGCUUAGCUACAUACAGAAUAUCUGUCACAUGCAGUACUAUUUCAUGCAGACAUUCUAGCUAUACAUUCUACCUGUAUUUUUCAUAAUUGGACAAGUGCUGCAUUUGGCUGCGGUACUGUUUCUGUAUAUGCCAGUUUUUAAGGGUAUCAAAAACACAUUGGUCUCGUUUUACAGUAUUGACGUCAUGCAAAUCAAGCACCCUAACUUAUCAAACAAGUGACAUCUGCCUGGGGAAAAUAAUCCUACUACCAGGAGCCUGACAUUCAUUUGCCUGUUCUAAAUGGGCGUGGUCUCUGCUCGAUACUUGUACCUGACUGUUUUUCACACCCCUGCACCACCUUGCCUGUAACUACGUAAAGUGGGUGCGGAGAAACAGUCACAACAUUCUGGCAAACACUAGUAGUAUUGCCAUUACAAAAAAAACACUGCCAAAGCAGGUAAAGGGAACGAGUGAUAAAUAAAAAAAAUAUAUAAAUAUUGUGUUUUUAGCAGUACUUCCUAAUACCUUGUUCGAGAAAGGUGCAUCCGAGUCAGUGUUUAUACGGAGCUGCUCUUUCCUUAUAGAUGCACAUCACUUCAGCGAAGGAAUUAAGUUUUAGAAAGAGAUCUAACAAUUGCAACUUUUAAAUAAAACUCAACAAUUUGACGUGGGAGAACAACUUCGAAAGUAAAAACAAUGGGAGAACCUCUGGUAGUUCAGGCUCAUCAACAAUGCACACAGGGAGCUGUUUUAUCUGUUGUCUGCCCAGCCUCCUCUGCACAGGCCCUGUGUCACGUUACCAACGUAUCUGUCCUGAAGGAAAUUAACAUUUCAAAUGGAAGCAACCUGGACCAAUCAUUGCUAGCCAGUGAUAAGUACAACAUCUACAUUGGCUUGGUCCUAGCAAUGAGCUCAAGUCUUUUCAUUGGCUGCAGCUUUAUACUCAAGAAGAAGGGUCUACUGCAAUUGGCUAAAAAGGGAACAACUAGAGCAGGACUUGGUGGCCACGCUUAUCUCAAGGAAUGGAUGUGGUGGGCUGGACUUAUUACAAUGGGAGUAGGGGAAGCAGCUAACUUUGCUGCCUAUGCCUUUGCACCUGCCACACUGGUCACUCCCUUAGGUGCACUGAGCGUUCUCAUAAGUGCAGUUCUUUCCUCCUAUUGCUUGGGAGAGCAGCUCAAUAUUCAUGGGAAGUUGGGCUGCAUGCUGAGUCUUCUGGGAUCAACAAUAAUGUUAAUCCACGCGCCACAAGAAGAAGAAGUAAAAACCUUACAUGAAAUGGGAAGCAAACUGAAAGACCCCGGUUUUAUAGCUUUCGCCACCAUUGUACUCACAGUCUCAUUGGUGCUGGUGUGCGCCGUUGCUCCAAAAAAGGGACAAAGCAACCUCUUGAUUUACAUCUCCAUCUGCUCUCUGAUUGGAGCCUUUUCUGUGUCUUCUGUGAAGGGCCUGGGUCUCGCCAUCAAAGAGCUACUUGAAGAAAAGCCAGUAUACAAAGACCCAUUGGCCUAUAUUCUUCUAGCGACAUUGGCGAUUUCAGUCAGCACCCAGAUCAACUACCUCAACAAAGCGCUGGACACCUUCAACACAUCAGUAGUGACGCCAGUGUACUAUGUGUUUUUCACCACAGUGGUGGUCACUUGCUCUGUAAUUCUUUUCAAAGAAUGGAACAGCAUGAGUGUGGCCGAUAUCUUUGGCAACCUCAGCGGAUUCUGUAUCAUAACCAUUGGCAUCUUUCUCUUGCAAGCCUUCAAAGACUUUAACUUUACCUGGAAGAUGCUACCUUCUUUAGUGAACAAGGGCAGCUAUCAUGUAGCAAUGAGUGGACCUGAUGACCAACAACACAAUCUAUUGGAAAACAUGGAUGACCAGUGCAUCGUGUGUGAGGAUGAAAAUACAUAUGGCAAGAAAAUGGAACAGCUGAAGGAUAGCCACUAGAACAUAUUUAAAAGGUCCCCUUACACAAUGACUGUUCAUAUGGUGACGGCCCCUGACAUAAUGACUGUUUAUAUGCUGAUAUGGCAGUAUAUUUAUUUUUGCUGGAACUUUGACUUUUUUUUUU